AUGUCUACGAAAGCAGAGCAAUUUGCCUCUAAGAUACGAUACUUGCAAGAGUAUCACAACCGUGUGCAACACAAUAUUUACCCCGUGCCCUCCGGAACAGACAUUGCAAAUACACUGAAAUACUUUUCCCAAACCUUGCUCAGCAUUCUGUCCCGCACAGGCAGGAAGGAGAACCAGGAAGCUUCCAAUUUGGCCGUGCCCAUGACCAUGUGUCUUUUUCCUGUGCCAUUCCCACUCACCCCAUCUCUAAGACCACAAGUCAGUUCCAUCAACCCUACAGUUACUCGCUCCCUCCUUUACAGCGUUCUGCGUGAUGCCCCGCCAGACCGCGGGGGGCAGGGGCAGCAGAGUCGGGACGCUCAGCUCUCAGAGUACCCCUCUCUGGACUAUCAGGGGCUCUAUGCGACCCUCGUGACCCUGCUUGACCUGGUGCCCCUGCUGCAGCACGGUCAGCAUGAUCUGGGACAGUCCAUAUUUUACACAACAACUUGCCUCCUGCCCUUUCUCAGUGACGAUAUUCUCAGCACUUUACCCUACACUAUGAUCUCCACUUUAGCUACAUUCCCCCCAUUCCUGCACAAAGACAUCAUUGAGUACCUGAGCACCUCUUUCCUCCCCAUGGCUGUAUUGGGUUCCACUAGAAGAGAAGGGGGCGUUCCAGCAUAUGUCAAUCUCUCUGCCUCCUCUAUGCUAAUGAUUGCUAUGCAGUACACCUCCAACCCAGUAUACCACUGUCAGUUGUUGGAGUGUCUUAUGAAGCACAAGCAGGAAGUGUGGAAGGACCUGCUGUAUGUCAUAUCCUACGGACCAUCCCAAGUAAAGCCUCCAGCCGUGCAGAUGCUCUUUCAUUACUGGCCAAACCUAAAGCCCCCAGGAGCCAUCAGUGAAUACAGAGGCCUGCAGUACACUGCCUGGAACCCCAUCCACUGCCAACACAUUGAGUGUCACAAUGCCAUCAAUAAACCUGCCGUCAAGAUGUGCAUCGAUCCCACCCUCUCCGUUGCCCUGGGAGAGAAGCCCCCUCCUCUGUACAUCUGUGAAGAGUGCAGCCAAAGGAUAUCAGGAGAUCAUGCAGAAUGGCUUGUUGAUGUGCUCUUACCCCAAGCUGAGAUAUCUGCUAUUUGUCAAAAGAAGAACUGUAGCUCUCAUGUCAGGAGGGCGGUUGUCACCUGCUUCUCAGCUGGCUGCUGUGGGCGCCAUGGCAACCGGCCCGUCCGCUACUGCAAGCGUUGCCAUGUCAACCACCACAGCAGCGAGACGGGGGCUGCGGCGGAGACCCAUCUCUACCAAACCUCUCCCCCUCCCAUCAACACCCGCGAGUGUGGGGCAGAGGAGUUGGUGUGCACUGUGGAGGCUGUUAUCAGCCUACUGAAGGAGGCAGAGAUCCAUGCAGAGCUGCGUGAGUUUGAGCUGAACAGGCGUCGUCAGAUGGGCCUGUCUGCCUCCCACCACUCACUGGACAACAUCGACUUCGACAACAAAGAGGACGACCAGCACGACCAGAGGCUCCUCAGUCAGUUUGGCAUCUGGUUCCUGGUGAGCCUGUGCACCCCCAGUGAGAACACGCCCACAGAGAGCCUGGCGCGGCUGGUGAGCAUGGUGUUCCAGUGGUUCCACUCCACAGCCUACAUGAUGGACGAUGAGGUGGGCUCCCUGGUGGAGAAGCUCAAGCCACAGUUUGUCACCAAGUGGCUGAAGACCGUGUGUGACGCGCGCUUCGACGUCAUGGUGAUGUGCCUGCUGCCCAAGCCUGUGGAGUUUGCCAGAGUGGGGGGUUACUGGGAUAAGUCUUGCAACACGGUGACCCAGCUGAAAGAGGGGCUGAACAGGAUCCUGAGCCUGAUCCCAUACAACGUGAUCAGCCAGCCGCUGUGGGAGUGCUUCAUGCCAGAGUGGCUGGAGGCCAUCCGCACUGAGGUGCCUGACCAGCAGCUCAAGGAGUUCAGAGAGGUGCUCAGCAAGAUGUUUGACAUUGAGCUGUGCCCUCUGCCCUUCUCCAUGGAGGAGAUGUUUGGGUUCAUUAGCUGCAGGUUCUCAGGCUACCCAGCAUCUGUGCAGGAGCAGGCUCUGCUCUGGCUGCAUGUGUUGUCAGAGCUGGACAUUGUGGUGCCUCUGCAGCUGUUGGUCGGGAUGUUCUCUGAUGGGGUCAACUCUGUGAAGGAACUGGCCAAUCAGAGGAAGGCUCACAUAUCAAAUCUAACUGGGGAAAAUACUGAGGCUCGGAGGGAAAGUGUGGUUUCAGAUCCAGGCCGUCUUGGGCAGCACAACACCCUGAGCCCGUUCCCCAGUCCGUUCCGGAGCCCAUUCCGGAGCCCCCUGCACUGCAGUCCCUUUAAGAACCUAGGCCAUGCUACAGGACACUGUGCCCUGGACCUGGACUGUGACGAUGAUGACAUGAACCUGAGCUGCUUCAUCCUCAUGUUUGACCUCAUCCUCAAACAGAUGGAGCUCCAGGAUGACGGUGUGAUGCUGGUUCUGGAAAGCAGCCUGGGGAAAGACAUCGUGGGCAUCAUCAACAAUGUCUUCCAGGCCCCGUGGGGUGGCUCCCACACCUGUCAGAAGGAUGAGAAGGCCCUGGAGUGUAGCCUGUGCCAGUCUAGCAUCUUAUGCUACCAGCUGGGCUGUGAGCUCCUGGAGAGACUCACCCCCAGGGAGGAGAUACAUCUGGUGGAGCCAACAGAUGGCAUGGAGGACACAUUGCUGUUGCCUCAAGUGUUUGGACCUGAAAAAGGGACAAAGGGAGGGACAGAGGAAGGGGACCACCCUACCAGCACACACACUGACAACCCUACCAAUCAAAGUGACUCUCCUGACAACCCAUCAAUGAAGAAUAAUCCUGAAAAUAAGUUUUCCUACCAGCAGCUCCCUGUAUCUCUCAAGCUAAUAUACACCAUUCUGCAGGAAAUGUCCAAGUUUGAGGAGCCUAAUAUCCUGUUCAACAUGCUGAACUGUCUGAAGAUCCUGUGUCUCCACGGAGAGUGUCUGUACCUGGCCCGUAAGGACCACCCCCAGUUCCUGGCCUACAUCCAGGAAAAGAUGCUUAUUCCCAGACUGUGGACCAUGCUGAAGUCCGAGUUCUGCCAGCUGGCCUCUCUGGCCGUGCCCCAGCUCCUGCAUGCCCUCUCCCUCUCCCAUGGAGCAGACAUCUUCUGGAACCUGGUGGACAGCAAUUUCAACAGCAAGGACUGGAAGAUACGCUUUGAAGCAGUGGAGAAGGUAGCAGUGCUCUGUCGGUUCCUAGACAUUGGUUCUGUGACGAAAAAUCACCUGCUGAAGUACUCCCUGGCCCACGCCUUCUGCUGCUUCCUGGCCUCUGUGGAGGAUGUCAACCCGGCUGUGGCCACACGCGCCAGGCUGCUGCUGGACACCAUCAAGAGCCCAGCACUACAGGGCUUGUGUCUGUGCCUGGACUUCCAGUUCGACACAGUGGUGAGGGACCGGCCCAUCAUCCUCAGCAAGCUGCUGAUGCUGCACCACCUGAAGCAGGAGGUCCCUGCCCUCAGCUGGGAGUUCUUUGUCAACCGCUUCGAGACGCUCUCCCUGGAGGCCCAGCUCCACCUGGACUGCAACAAGGAGUUCCCUUUUCCCACCACCAUCACAGCUGUGCGCACCAACGUGGCCAACCUUAGUGAUGCAGCGAUGUGGAAAAUCAGACGGGCGCGCUUUGCCAGGAACCGCCAGAAGAGUGUGCGUUCCCUCCGUGACAGCGUCAAGGGCCCGUCCGAGUCCAAGAGGGCCUUCUCCCUCCCAGAGACUCUGUGUAACCGUCUACGUAACCCCUCACCGGAGGACGAUUCGGUCAUCAGGGACCUUCUCCCAGAGGAUGCUGGGAUAGAUCACCAGACGGUGCACCAGCUCAUCAUGGUGCUGAUGAAGUUCAUGGCCAAAGACAAGAGCAGUGCCGAGGCAGACAUUGGCAGUGCCAAGGCCUUCAACACGGUGAAGCGCCACCUGUAUCUACUGCUGGGCUUCGACCAGCAGGAGGGUUGCUUCAUGAUCGCACCGCAAAAGAUGAGGACCUCAACCUCCUUCAAUGCUUUCAUCGCUGGCAUCGCACAGGUGAUGGACUACAACAUUGGGCUGGGGAAGCAGCUGCUCCCCCUGGUGGUCCAGGUGUUGAAGUACUGCACAUGCCCCCAGCUCAGACACUACUUCCAGCAGCCCCCACGCUGCUCUCUCUGGGCCCUGCAGCCACACAUCAGACAGAUGUGGCUCAAAGCCCUGCUGGUCAUCCUCUACAAGUACCCCUACAGGGACAUGGAUGUGAGUAAAGUGGUUCUGCACCUUAUCCACAUCACCAUCAACACCCUGAAUGCCCAGUACCACAGCUGUAGACCCCAUGCCACCGCCGGACCCCUCUACAGUGACAACUCCAACAUCAGCCGCUACAGCGAGAAAGAGAAAGAGGAGGACAGUGUAUUUGAUGAGUCUGAUGUCCAUGACACCCCAACUGGAGCAGGCAACAAGGAGUCCCAGACCUUCUUCGCCCGUCUGAAGAGGAUCGGUGGCAGCAAGUCUGUCAAGUACCAGCCAGUGGAGCUGAAUGCCCAGAAAAGUGAAAUUGAGCUGUCUGAGUACCGCGAGGCCAGUGCGCUACAGGACAGCAUCCUGCACUGUGUGAGGGAGGAGAGCACCAGGAAGAAGUGUCUGCAGGCCAUGCACAAGCAGAAGUCCCUGGACAUUUCCAACACCGACUCCAUCCUCUACAACCUGGACGAGCACCGACGCAAGUCCUGCAUAGACCGCUGUGACCUGCAGCAUGGUCUCCCCGCACCCCCCUCCUCCACCACCUCCCACCCCAGGCAGAAGGGGGGCCAUGGUAAGGGCUCGUCAGACGGUUCCUCAGGCCGUGCGGAGGGCAGCGACCACCAGGACCGUCGAGGAUCCCGGGGGGGCCACUCAGACUGCUCCAGGCCUGUCAUCCCAGAGGUGCGUCUCAGCUGCAUCGAGAUGUUUGAGGACAAGGCCGACCUGGACUCCCCUCUUACAGGAGGCUCAUCAGCAGAGAAGGAGGACCCGGACCUCAUUGACCUCUCCUCUGACUGUACUUCCAUCCCAGAGAAACACUCCAUCCUCUCCAUGUCCGACAGCGACUCCCUGGUGUUUGAGCCCCUGCCGCCACUGAGGAUCGUGGAGAGUGAUGAGGAAUUUGACCUCAACACAGUGAUGGGCAACAGGCUGAAUGGGAGUGCCAGGCCCCCAGCCUCCCCUGCCAGGCCCGCAGCCUCCCCUGCCAGGCCCGCUGCCUCCCCUGCCAGCAGUAGCACCCUGCACCUGUCUCGGGUGGUGCAAGUGAGCGUGGAGGACUGCUCUAUGGACAAGAAGACCACAGACUCCCCAGCAAAAGAAAUCCCUCAACAGCCUUUACAGAGGAGGCCACGCUAUGCAACCUCCACCACCUCCCUGGAGCUGCCUGACCAGCCGGAGCACCCUGGCCUGGAGAGCCCCAUGACCCUCAGUUUACAACAGAAGAGGGACCUGCUGAGGAAGACCCCUGCUGUCCCUGACACCUCCCUGGAUGAUUUUGUGCACCCUGAGGACCUGAAGGCAGCGGUGGGUCUGGGGACCAGUCCCUCUGGUAGGACCGUCUUCCUGGACAUUCCUGAAGACACAGCCGAGCCCCUCACCUCUCUGGGGGGGAACAAUGAUGAAGAGGAAGAUUAUGAAGAUGAUGACCUUGAUGACAGCGACCUGAAACCUGAUGAUGAUGAUGACAAUGACGAGGCAGAGUUUAAGAUCCAGAUAGUUCCCCGGCAACGCAAGCAGAGGAAGAUAGCUGUGAGCGCCAUCCAGAGAGAGUAUCUGGACAUCUCCUUCAACACCCUGGACAAGCUGGGUGAGCAGCCCACUGAGACAGGUAAGAGUACCCUGGAAAAUCCACAGGAAUCCGCCUCAGCCCCCACCCCCGAAGCUGCUAUCCCAGAAACAAGCAACCGCUCUUCAGUAUCAACUCAGUACCGUCAGGCGAAGCGGGGCUCGUUGGGAGCUCUAACCAUUAGCCAGCUGAUGAAGAGACAGUUGGAGCACCAGUCCAGCGCCCCUCACAACAUCAGCACCUGGGAGACAGGUCAGUCACUGUCUACCUCUGGCCCCACCAAGACCAGCCUCCUAUCUGCCCCCAGUACAGUCAGCAUGUUUGUGCCCGCCCCUGAGGAGUUCAUUGAUGAUCAGCCCACCACCAUGACUGACAGGUGUCGUGACUGUGGUGCGGUGCUAGAGGAGUAUGAUGAGGAGACCCUGGGCCUGGCAGUGGUGGUGCUCUCCAUGUUCAUCCACCUCAGCCCUGACCAGGCUGCUCCACUGCUGCUGGACAUCAUGCAGUCUGUGGGCAGGCUGGCGUCUAGUGCUAAUUUCUCUGGGCAAGCUGAGAGUAUGCUGAUCCCUGGCAACGCAGCAGGUGUGGCUAAGCAGUUCCUCCGCUGUGUGUUCCACCAGCUGGCCCCCAAUGGCAUCCUGCCUCAGCUCUUCCAGAGUAACAUCAAAGAUGGAGGUUUUCUGAGAACAUUGGCUUCUUCCCUGAUUGAUUUUAAUGAACUGAGUUCUGUGGCUGCGCUGAACCAGCUGCUGGAGGGUCUGAACAACAAGAGGAGUCUACCAGCCGGGGGCACCAUGCUGCACUGCCUGGAAAACAUCGCCACCUUCAUGGAGGCCCUGCCCAUGGACUCCCCCAGCAACCUGUGGACCACCAUCUGCAAUCAGUUCCAGACCUUCCUCACUAAACUACCUUCUGUGCUGCCUCUGAAGUGUCCCCUGGACUCCAGUUUGAGGAUUAUCAUUUGUCUGUUGAAGAUCCCCACCACAAGUGCAACCCGGAGCUUACUGGAGCCCUUCUCCAAACUGCUGAGCUUUGUCAUGCAGUAUGGAGUGUUCAGCCUCUCUUACUUGGUGGAGCUGUGUGGCCUCUGUUACAAAGCCUUCAACAAGGAGAGAGAUAAGUUCUAUAUGUCUCGUAUUGUGGUGCUGGAGCUUCUGCAGGCUCUGAAGUUCAAGUCUCCUCUACCCGAUACUAACCUGCUACUGCUGGUCCAGUUUGUUUGUUCAGAUAUUGGUACGAGGCUAGCAGAGUCUACUAUUCUCUCAAAGCACAUGAUCUCAUCACUUCCAGGGUGCACGACAGCAGCAAUGGAAUGCAUGAGGCAAUACAUCAGUGAGCUUCUAGACUUCAUAGCAGAUAUGCACACACUGACCAAACUGAAAAACCAUAUGAAAGCGUGUUGUCAGCCGCUGCACGAGGACACGUUUGGAGGAAACCUGAAAGUGGGCCUGGCACAGGUGGCUGCCAUGGAAAUCAGCAAAGGCAAUCACCGUGACAAUAAGGCAGUGAUCCGUUAUCUUCCCUGGCUCUACCAUCCCCCGUCCACCAUGCAGCAGGGACCUAAGGAGUUCAUCGAGUGUGUGUCCCACAUCCGCCAGCUGUCCUGGCUGCUCCUGGGCUCCCUGACCCACUAUGCCCUGUACCAGGGCUCCACCUGCUGUAUGCCCAUCCCCCUUGACGCUGGCUCACACAUCGCUGACCACCUCAUCAUCAUCCUCAUCGGCUUCCCUGAGCAAUCCAAGACAUCAGUGCUGCACAUGUGCUCCCUGUUCCAUGCCUUCAUGUUUGCCCAGCUGUGGACCAUCUACUGUGAGCAGGCGGCGGCCGCCUCGGCCCUGCAAAACCAGAACCAGACAGAGUUCUCUUCCAAUGCCAUACUGACGGGCCUGGAGUUCUGGAGCCGCGUCACACCCAGCAUCUUGCAGCUCAUGGCCCAUAACAAAGUGAUGGUGGAGAUGGUGUGUCUACAUGUCAUUAGCCUGAUGGAGGCUCUACAAGAAUGCAACUCAACCAUCUUCGUGAAGUUAAUACCUAUGUGGUUGCCCAUGAUUCAAUCCAACCUAAAGCAUCUGUCUGCAGGGCUCCAGCUGCGACUGCAGGCUAUCCAGAACAGGGUGAACCACCAGUGUCUGCAGGGCCAGGCAGCCGGGGCCCUGCCCUUUGCCCUGCGCAAGUGGCUGCAGUGCACCCAGUUCAAGAUGGCCCAGGUGGAGAUCCAGUCAUCAGAGGCCGCCUCACAGUUCUACCCUAUGUGA